AUGAACCGGAAAAGAGAAAUUUACUCAGUGGAGCUCAGUGGAACCAAAGACAUUGAGAAAACAGACAAAGAGGAUGGCAAGGAGAAGUCCAGGGGCCUGAAAAACAAGGGUUUGGAACGCAAAAAGAACCACCAGAAAAAGGAGCUUAAAAAAGAACCUGAUCUGGAUGACCACAAACUCAGCAAAGAGGAACUGGAGACAAAGUAUGGUACAAACCUCAUUACGGGUCUUUCCAGUGCCCAGGCUGCUGAACUGCUGGUUCAGCAUGGGCCCAACAGCCUCACACCCCCCAAGGAAACCCCGGAGAUCAUCAAGUUCCUCAAACAGAUGGUGGGGGGCUUCUCCAUCCUCCUAUGGAUAGGAGCCGUCCUGUGCUGGAUCGCAUAUGGGAUUCAGUAUUCCAAUGAUCAGGCCUCCUCCCUGGACAACGUGUACCUGGGCUCCGUGCUUGCCCUGGUCGUCAUUCUAACCGGGGUCUUUGCUUAUUACCAAGAGGCGAAGAGCACCAACAUCAUGUCCAGUUUCCACAAGAUGAUCCCACAGCAAGCACUUGUCAUUCGAGACUCAGAGAAGAAGACAAUUCCUGCUGACCAGCUAGUGGUGGGAGACAUAGUGGAGAUUAAAGGUGGAGACCGGGUCCCUGCGGAUAUCAGAAUUCUGUCCACUCAGGGGUGUAAGGUGGACAACUCAUCUGUCACCGGGGAGUCAGAGCCCCAGGCUCGCUGCUGUGAGUUCACACAUGAAAGUCCCCUGGAGACCAAGAACAUCGCCUUCUUCUCUACAACCUGUCUGGAAGGCACAGCGACUGGCAUGGUCAUCAGCACGGGUGACCGCACCAUCAUUGGGCAGAUCGCCUCGUUGGCUUCAACAGUCAAGGACUUGAAGACGCCCAUUGCCAUCGAGAUCGAGCACUUUGUUCAUAUCGUGGCAGGAGUGGCAGUCUCCAUCGGCAUCAUUUUCUUCAUCAUCGCAGUGUCCAUGAAGUAUUAUGUCCUGGACUCCAUCAUCUUCCUUAUUGGCAUCAUUGUGGCCAAUGUGCCUGAGGGUCUCCUGGCCACUGUAACUGUGACUCUGUCACUGACAGCAAAACGAAUGGCCAAGAAGAACUGCCUUGUGAAGAACCUGGAGGCAGUGGAGACUCUUGGCUCCACCUCCAUCAUCUGCUCAGACAAGACCGGGACCCUGACCCAGAACAGGAUGACAGUGGCCCAUCUGUGGUUUGACCACCAGAUCUUCGUGGCAGACACUAGUGAAAACCAAUCGAAUCAAGUCUUUGACCAAAGCUCUGCGACCUGGGCCUCCCUGUCAAAGAUCAUAACGCUGUGUAACCGCGCUGAGUUCAGACCUGGACAGGAGAGCAUCCCUAUCAUGAAGAAAAUUGUGGUUGGAGAUGCCUCAGAAACUGCUCUUUUGAAGUUCUCAGAGGUCGUGCUGGGUAACGUGAUGGAUAUUAGAAAAAGAAACCGCAAAGUAGCUGAAAUCCCUUUUAACUCAACCAACAAAUUUCAGCUCUCCAUCCACGAGACCGAGGACCCAGAUGACAAGCGCUUCCUCGUGGUGAUGAAAGGGGCCCCCGAGCGGGUCUUGGAGAAGUGCAGCACCAUCAUGGUCAACGGGCAGGAGCAGCCCCUGGACAGGAGCACGGCCGAGGCCUUCCACACAGCCUACAUGGAGCUGGGCGGCAUAGGGGAGCGAGUGCUGGGUUUCUGUCACCUCUACCUGCCGACAGACGAGUUUCCAGAAACGUAUUCAUUUGAUGUAGACACGAUGAACUUCCCUACAUCCAACUUCUGCUUUGUGGGCCUCUUGUCAAUGAUUGACCCGCCUCGGUCCACGGUACCUGAUGCUGUCACCAAGUGCCGGAGUGCAGGGAUCAAGGUUAUCAUGGUUACAGGCGAUCAUCCAAUCACAGCCAAAGCCAUUGCCAAGAGCGUCGGUAUCAUUUCCGCCAACAGUGAGACGGUGGAAGACAUUGCCAAACGCCUCAACCUUCCUGUGGAGCAAGUUAACAAGCAGGAUGCGAAGGCUGCUGUGGUGACUGGCAUGGAGCUGAAGGACAUGAGCCCAGAACAGCUAGAUGAGCUCUUAGCCAACCACUCGGAGAUCGUCUUUGCCCGGACGUCCCCCCAGCAGAAGCUGAUCAUCGUGGAGGGCUGUCAGAGGCAGGAUGCUGUGGUUGCUGUGACUGGGGAUGGAGUUAAUGAUUCCCCAGCUCUGAAGAAGGCAGACAUUGGGAUUGCCAUGGGGAUAGCAGGUUCUGAUGCAGCCAAAAAUGCAGCCGACAUGGUCUUGCUGGACGACAACUUCGCGUCCAUCGUCACAGGGGUGGAGGAAGGUCGCCUGAUCUUUGACAACCUAAAGAAGACGAUCGCAUACACGCUGACCAAGAACAUUGCCGAGCUGUGCCCCUUUCUCAUCUACAUCAUUGCUGGGCUUCCCCUACCCAUUGGCACCAUUACUAUCUUGUUCAUCGACUUGGGCACAGACAUAAUUCCCUCCAUCGCCCUGGCUUACGAGAAAGCUGAAAGCGACAUUAUGAAUAGGAAGCCUCGCCACAAGAAGAAGGACAGGCUGGUGAACGCGCCACUCGCCCUGUACUCCUACCUGCACAUCGGCCUCAUGCAGGCCCUGGGGGCCUUUGUUACAUAUUUCACCGUGUACGCGCAGCAGGGCUUUCUACCCAGCACUAUCCUCAACCUGCGGGUGGAGUGGGAGAAAGACAAUGUGAAUGACCUGGAAGACAGCUACGGACAGGAAUGGACAAGGUACCAGAGGAAAUACCUAGAAUGGACGGGCUACACAGCAUUCUUUGUCAGCAUCAUGAUUCAGCAAAUAGCAGAUCUGAUCAUCAGAAAAACCCGGAGGAAUUCCAUCUUCCAGCAAGGUCUCUUCAGAAAUAAAGUCAUCUGGGUGGGGAUUGCCUCACAGAUUAUCAUUGCAUUAAUCCUCUCCUAUGGCCUUGGAAGCAUCCAGGCCCUGAAUUUCACGAUGCUCCGGCCUCAGUACUGGUUUGUGGCUGUGCCACACGCAGUUCUGAUUUGGGUGUAUGAUGAGGUGCGGAAGCUUUUCAUCAGACUCUUCCCUGGAAGCUGGUGGGAUAAGAACAUGUAUUAUUAA